GCUCUGGCGUCGGCGAUCGCAGCCACUCAGGUGAUGAAGGCUCAGCAGGUGGUGAAAGCAGAAAACGGAGAAGAGGUUUUGAUCCCGUUGGCGGAGGACGGUUCAGCUGAUGUGGAGCACAACGUGGAUCUGCCGGACUACCUGCCGGAAGAUGAGAGUCCAUCUCAGGAGCCCGACAAGGCGGUGACCCGGGUGGGAUCCGGCCAGGAGGGGACCAGCUGGCUGGGUGCUGCCACCAACUUCCUGUCCCGCUCUUUCUACUGGUGACCUAAAGUCCUCCCGCCUCCUCUCAGAACCAAAAUCUACCAGCUGCCAAAUCUCACCGCUGUCCGUCUGAGCUGGAGGGACAAUCUGAGACAGACCUUCCAACAGUGAGAGUACAAACCUGCAGCGUCCAUCACUCCGACGCUGCGAGGACGAGACAACCAACAGGAUUGUGGUUUUAGUUUGAAGUUUCUGUGAGAGAAGUGUGACGACGUUCUCUCUGUAAACGGGUCCAUCUGUUCCAAACCAAAUUGUCUUAACGGACAGGAAGUGUCCUGGAGCGACAUGAACAAACACCAACGAGUUAGAAUAAACCGAACAGGACGUCCCUCUCUUCCUUUUACCCUUCUAUUAUUUAUUUGACUUUUCUUUCUGCAGUUUGACGUGUUUUUAAAGGACGAGCAGCAGUCAGAGUUCAGUCAGCUGUGCCUUCAGUUCGUCACAAACGUCCUGCUGCUUCACUUCACGCUGAGGCUGGAGCCAACUGCUGUUCCUUUUAUUGAUUCAUUCUGACAUUCAGAUAUCAGAAAUAAUGACAAAUGCCCAACAAGGUGAGGCGUCCAAACAGUAAUCUGCUUCUCUGCGCUGCACUGCGCCAAGAACCAGAGUGUCGCUCAUACUGCAGCGGAAGACUCUUCAGUAGUCGAGUGCAAAUGAAAAACAGUGACGAUGAUGAUGAAGUCCAUGGUCAUUGGUUGGCCGACUAAAAGAAAUCCGAGACACUGUGAUUAUAAUUAUAAUUAUGAGCUCGUUGGUAAACCGAUGUGUCUUCAUCAGGGUAUCAUGGUGACUUAAUCAAUGGAACCAAACGAGAAAACUGAUCAGCUCUUAUCUCUGAUUUAUGUUAUUGGAGCGCAGAGCAGAGGGGGCGGGGCUUACGGGGAGGCUCAACUAGAAACUGGUACAGUGUUCUUUAUUAUUAUUAUUAUUAUUAUUAUUAUUAUUAUUAUUUGGGUAUUUGUCAUCAUUUUUGACUAAUUAAGUAAAACAGUACUAAUAGUAGGUUGCAGCCUUCCUGCAUUACUGCGGUGAUGUUACAGGACCACAAACAGAUCCGAGGUCAGAGAGACGGACUGAAAGGUCACAGGUUUGAUUCCUCUCCGCUCUGAUUACGUCCUCCUCGGGUCAACGAGCGAACGGUGCUUUACUUUCUGACUAUGAUUUUCUCUGUGACCGGUCAGAGGUCAGAUGUCAGUGAGCUUUCUGGAGCUGGUCGUCGUGUUUACACCCCCAUCCCUGUAUGAAUGCCUUCGCACUGAACGUUUCGGACACUGAGCUGGUCGUGUGUUAUGGAGCAACGUUACCGGACUUUAUUUUUGUUUUGUGAACAUUUUGCGCACUUUAAUCUGAGUGGAUGUUUGAAAGUAGAGUAGAAGUCUGCAUUUGAAUCAUUGGACCACGUUACAAGCUUUAGAACUUGAGUUGAACAACAAGAUCUGACCACAGUGUGAAGGUUCAGUGUUUAUGACCGUAGGAAAAGAUUCGUUGUGAAACAGUGAAUUUAUUUCAUUGUUGGUGUUUUGUUUGAGGUGGAGCUCACAUUCCUUGUCUCCUGCUGUUGAUUCAUUAUUGUAACUAGUCCUGUCACAAUAACUGCCGCUGUUGGAUCACAGAUAUUACAGAUUGCCACUGAUUUAACUAUAAGACAAGUACAACAGUUCACUUCUAAUUUUUAAGAAAAUUCAAGGCCCGACCAACCCAAUUUUUCUUCCGACAGACGAAACGUAUUUCUGGCAGCCUAAACAAGCACCGAAGCUGAGACACACACUGGUGGCGAACAUUAACAGGUGGGGCUCGCCCCCUAAAGAGCAGCCCUCGCCACAAUUAUGGUAAUUGUCAUUUUCAGGUGUUGCACUUUAAUGAUCUCCUCCUAGAAUUCAUCAGAUUAACUUCAUAUUUGGUCUCUGCAAUCCAAAGGCCUGUGUAAUGAAAAGUUAUUAAAAGCUUGAGUUAGCGUUGAAUACAAAAAUGUCUUUAGUAGAUAAAACAUAAUUAAAACCACACAGUACAUAAAAUAGAUAUACUGCACUUAAAUAAACAUUAACAAAACAUCAUGAAACAGUGAGUCCAUACAGUGACAGCUUUACAUUGUAUGUAUAUGGAACAAUAAGUGGAUCAGUAUUGUGACAGGCCCGAUGAAAAACUGAUGAAAACUGUAACUGGUUGUUACAGUCUGUUUUUAUUUAUCUUCCAGCAGUGUUUCUUCAGACCUUUAGUGACCUUUAAUGACCUUUAAUGACCUUGUACAGAUUUGUUCUGUGCUCAUAUGACGCUGUUGUUCUUUGUGUGUCCGUGUACCUGCCCGCUGUGCUCAUAGCUCCGCCUACACCGCACACUGUCCAAUCACAUUCUGAGGAGCCUGUAGUCAGACGUUCGCAUGAUGCUUGAAUCUAAAUGCAGUACUGGCCUGAAUAUGAGACAUUUAGAAUAAAAUGGCAGAUUUGAUUUCUUGUGGAGUUUUCUUCUUAACAAACAUGUUGAAUAUGUUUCUAUAACAUUUGAUUUUUCUUUUCUCUUCCUGGUUCUUGCUGCCAGUGUCUGUCAGUCAGCAACAACAACAUGAGACUAUCAGCAGAAAUCUGUCCACAUUCAAGAGAUUAAGCUUCAUAUAUUAAAUAGUAAACUAAACUGCAACCUGCUGCUGUUUGUAGAAACACAAUCAGCUGUUGGAGUUUUCCGUCACUCUCUUUUCGUUGGUUUGGGCGUCACAGAAACGAUUUCAUUAAAGCUGAAACUAGCUAAAGAUUGAUUCUCAUUGGCAGUACUGAGCCUACCUGAGAAUACCCACAGCGCCACAGACGGGUUGGGGGAGAGAACGUGCUGCUGCGUUCACCGUAGGAAGGGGAGGGUGGCGCGAAGACUUUGCAAUCAGCAACUACACUGGAAGUCUGCUGUAACGUCCUCAGAUAUAAAACCACCCAAAGUUUUAUUUUACCCUAAAUUCCAAAAUCAAACCUUCCUCUUGUGUUCGUGCUAAUGACAGAAAUGUGUUCCAUUAAUCAAUCGGUGUCAGUAUUGAUCAGGUCGGCUCCCUCACAGUGAACUCUGGUACCUGCUCAGGUUACAUUCAAGUUUCACUAAACAGCUCCAAAUUAGUCUUUAUUUCAUUCAUGUGAUUUCUAUGGAAAUCCUGAUUUUUGAGUUGUUCCCUGAAACGUGAAUGUUCUUCACCACCACCACCAUCAUCAUCAUCAGUGUGCUGCUGUUCUGUAAUGAUUCCUGAACGUUUCUUGAGAAUAAAAACAUGAAUGUCUGCA